UGAUAGUUGAGCUGUUGGUAGAAAUAAAUCUUAUAUCAAUAUUCUUGAAUAACUUAAAACGAGCCGGCUUCACUUUAAUAUGAAGAAAUGAGUGGUACAGAGUGAACUAAAACCUCACCGACUUUUAUGUUUUGGAUAGACUGUGUCUAGCACCUCAUGCUGAAAGGCAACCACGUGUUUCAACUUUACCUCCUGUUUAGUAUUAUAUCUCAAAAUUUCAAUCAUCAAAGGUGGACGUGACCACAUUCUGCUUAUACUUAGUAGCAUACAGUUGAUCUGACAUAUGUUUCUGGAUAUUGUAGAAGCGACGUUUACUAGGGGUUUUUGUUUGUUUCUAUUUUUGCUUCUUUGCUUACAUAUUUGCUUGCUUUCUUGAUUCAUUUAAAGAAUGUGUGAGCUGUUAUCCCCCAAAUUCUCAUGCUUCAAUUUAGUUGCAGUUUUCAUGCAACACCAAAUUGUCUAGUUAAAAACAACUCUUAAGUGAUCUGGUACACUUAACAUUUUAAACAAUUUUUUUAAUGUUACUACUUACCAAAAUAACAAAAACUCUCAUUGCUUUCAUUCUGGACAUUGUUGUAGCCUUAAGGAAACUGAGGAUAAUUUUAGGCAUACAAGGAUGCACCUUUACUUUGGCUAGAUUUUGUGAAUUUAUUGCCUUAAAAAAUGAGUAUAAUACAUGUUCAUUGAUACAGUGUGUUUAAAUUAAGCAUACCAGUUUAUCACAUAUCAACUACUUGUAGUUUGUGUCAGAGAGAAAGAGACUGUGUGUUUAUUCACUAGAUUAACUUGAGUAUAUUCUUUAAGUGACUAUCUUACCCACAAAAUAUAAACAUGGAAAAUACAUAUAUGUAGAUAUGUAUGUGUUAUUAGUUUCUUGAGUAUUUGGAGAAAGAAGUGUAAUAGAAAUAUUAUUAGUACUUUUGGGGGUGGUUCCUAAAAUGCAUUAUGAUGUACAUAAUAAAUAGUUCCAUGAGUUAUGGUUCUAUCUAUUGCCAGGCAACAAAGGUUCUUUCUUCCUUUCUUUUUUUGCUCAGCUCUGUUUCUGAAAUUAUUACCUCUCCCUUCAGCAGAAAAAAAUUAUUUUAAGAUUAAAAAAAUUACUAACAUUUAGAAAAUUGAAUUAAUGAUUUUAUGGUAGAUUAACCUUAAUCUUCCAUUGCUGGAAAUGUGGGUUCUUAAUAGUUAAAGAGAAGAGAGCUAUCAAAAUAAUUUAAUUCACAAUCCUCAAAAAUGAUGAGAAAUUCCAUGGAUAUGGAGGUUCAGAACAAACCCGGAAAGAUUAGCAUCCCUGAAAGGUCCAUCUUCUCAGGGGCAAAGGCUGUUGAGCAUCCAGAUUACCCACACUACUGUGAUCUCUUAAGGAAAAUGAACAUGCCCUUUGUGAAAGGACCCGAAGACAGACAUAACUAUGGCAGAUUUGAAAAGAACUGCAACGCUUCGUUUUUAAAAUUCCAUCCUUAUCCUCCUUCAGUCCUGCCAAACUACCAUUCCCACUACCCUUAUCCCCCACCAUACGGGCCGGCAUACCCACUGUUUCCACUUCGUGAUGAUAUGAGCUUAGGCGAUCCCUGCUCAGGAUUUUUGAGUCCUGGUGCUGACGCUGAUUUAAAGCCUGGCGUUGGCAGAACCAUACCAAAUCUGGCCAGUUUCGAUGAUGUGAAACCUCAAAAUCGAGUUCCUAGGCCAGACAACGGAUUUCAAACAACAAUAAAAAGGCAAACAGUGCUAUUAGAGGAACUACAACAGAGCAGACUAUGGAAUUCCAGGAAAGUACCAGACAUUUCCAUCAGGGCAAAACUUGGAGGUUGGACAAGUCCGCAGAAAGUCACUCCUUUACCAGCUGAUGAUCACAAAAGAAGCUCAUUAAGUCGCAUACUUACAUUUGAUGAGGAGGCAACAAGUCCAGAUGGUAGUGAACCACUUGCCCAGCUAGGCAAGAAAUAUAAUAUAAAGGAUUCAUUUUACAAAUCUUCAACACAGAAGGCUUUUGAAACUGUUCCUUGGGACAAAAUGCUACGACCAAAACUUGACCCAGAGGAAACAACAGUGGAAAAGCCUACUGACUGCAUCUCACAGUGUUUCACACUGAAAAGAUAUGAAAGAGUCCCAGCGAUAACCCAGAUUGUCGGAGGACUCUGGGACAGAUUUCAGACAAGAUUGUUCUCAGCACCAGUCAAGCCAAUCAGUUUUGUGAGUCCAAGUUCUAGGAGUAAAUACAUUCCUCUCUAUACUGGUCAUGUGCAGAGUACAAAUGCUGAUGAUGUGGAUAACCCAUUUGGAAAUAUCGCAUCUGUGGCCAAGCCUCGGCACUCCAAACUGCUCUAUACAGACACAAGUCGUGUGGUGAAUAUCCCAGGAUACACCGGCAAGGUUCAUUUCACAGCCACCCACCCAACAAAUUCUAAUAUUCCAUCAACAACCCCAUCACCAGAUUCAGAGAUGAACCGCAUUUUACGACAAGAAAUGGGAGUUGACUGCUUCCGUCACCAGGCCCCACUGUCGCGAAUGGUCACAACUGUGAAGCCUUACAACCCCUUCAACAGGAAGGAAAAAGAAACCUUUGAUUACUGAAGGAGACCACACCCCCGAGAGGCUUCUAAGUCCCAGCUGUGGGGAAGGCUUUGUGCACAGGAAUGGAGAAUCAAGAACACAGAAUAGUC